AUGAAUGCAGCCAAACCUAUUGACCGAUACUCGACCCAGCUCGUGGUGGAGGCGACUCUGCUGGCGGCGGCGCAGGUUACCGGGGACGUCCUGAAGCCGGUGUCGGGCCCCACCAUGGCGGAGGCGUACACCAACCUGCAGGGCACGGUACAGCGGGGGGAGCUGCGCUUCCUGGUGCCCAUCGGACAUGCCGACUUCAAUCGGGAGCCAGUACGAGCGUCUUUUGUUCGAGAAGUUGGGAUUCACUCCACUGUGGAAGAGCAAGUGACGUACACGAAGGGAAGCGUCCGAUUGGUCGGCGGUCGGACAGCGGGAGAGCUCCAGCUGGAACGUACCACUGGUGUGUGGGGAGGGGUGUGCAGCAGUGGCUGGGACAUGUCGAGCGCUCGGGUGGCCUGCAGGGAACUGGGGUACGACGAUGCGAGUCAGGCAACAUACUGUGUCGAUGAGCCCGUCUCGCCGAAGUAAGUCUUGUUUGUUUGUUUGUUUACUUUUACUUGUUUGUG